ACCGUUAAAAGCCGUGUUGUCAGAGACUACGUGACUUCUGCUUGAUAAAGAGAUCCCAUCUCUUUUCCGUAGGUAGUAGAUUAUCUUCCAAGUUCCAACUAGUCAUAGAACUGCGUAGAUUUUAGUUCUGUUAGUUCUCUCGUAAGUCGAACAAACAGGGACCCACAGUAAGUCAAGUUACAAUCCGACGGCCUUGAGAUGUCUCAGUCCACAGACAGUAAAACCGCGGCAUCUGUAGUUGUUUCGGAUGUGGAUUGGACGGAUAGGAUCAAGCCCUUGAGAUUGAUGGCAGGGCCCCACAGAAUGUUCAUGAACUUGAAUGGAGGUCCCCCACUCCCCACUUCCCCAGCAACACUGAUAGCAUCAUUUUGCUUUAUCUUCUGCUUCGAUUUUACAGUAUUUUACUGAACCGACUCUGAUGCUUCACACCAACUCACAGCACGUUGCAGCCGUGCAUUAAGAACAUCUCCCUCAUCAAUAAUAAUUACAAGUACGGAGAUAUUCUAUAUGUACGGCUUUAAGUGAGACGCACAGGAACCGAUCUGACGUCUUUAACAUGACCCGUCCUUCGCUUCCUAUUCGCCAUUGCCCACUUCGGUACUUUAAUGGCGAAGCCUUCCAACCUAAGAUAAAGCCAGAAAAAGGAGCCACGCAAGAAGCCAUUAAAGCAUCUUCUAAGUUUUCUGUUUUCCGUAUUUUUAUGGCGACUUGUUCGUUGCUGUGACGAUCGCGGCAAUCGUAAGGAGCUCAGAUCUGUCCAUUUCGUUCGAGGAGGCUCUUACUGGUCCUCGGUUUCGCUCACGUCACCCCCCACCUGAUUCCGUUUAUUUAGCAUUUCUUUAAUCGAGUGCGUCUCUGUUCUUCGGAUAUGGCGGAACUCGUUUCGUCAGCUUCUCAUUUGCGGCUUUCGUUGCCUUAUUAUCUGGUUCUAGAAACCCUUUAAAGACAAAACCCCACCUUACACCUUUCAAUCCGAUCCGAAAUUAAAAAUUAAAAAAAGGAAAAAAAAUCCCGCAAAAUCAAUCCAUCAAGCUAUUGAACAAUCAAGCAAGCUCUAGAAGGGCUUGAAAAUGGCGAUUUUGGAAGCAUCAACGACUGCAACGGUUGAGAAUUUGGAAGAGAAUAAGGAGAACUCAGAGCCAUUGAUUCCUGGGUUACCGAACGAGAUCGCCGAGCACUGUCUUUUACAUCUCCCCUACCCUUAUCAGACGCUGGUUCGUUCUGUGUCUUCGUCUUGGAACAGAGCCAUCACGAACCCCAACUUUCUGCUUUCCAAGAAAACCCUCUCGCUCUCUUUGCCUUACAUAUUCGUCUUCGCCUUUCACAAACCGACGGGCAAGAUUCAGUGGCAGGCCCUGGACCCACGAUCGGGUCGUUGGUUCGUCUUACCUCCCAUGCCCUGCGUCAAACCUGUGUGCCCUCCUGGCUUCGCCUGCGCGUCGCUGUCACGGCAGGGUGCACUUUACGUGCUCGGCGGGAUGCGCUCCGACACGGAGACAUCGCUGCAAACGCUCAUGACCUACAGGCCGUCGACGAACCGGUGGUCGUUAGCAUCGCCGAUGCUGACGCCACGGUCGUUCUUCGCCGCCGGGAGUAUCGGCGGGGACACGAUCUCGACGGUCGAAUGCUACGAUCCGGAGAAGGACACAUGGGCGCCGGUGGCUAAAAUGCGCGCGGGGUUGGCGAGGUACGACGCGGCCGUGGUUGGGAACAGCAUGUACGUGACGGAAGGGUGGACCUGGCCGUUCAGCUUCUCGCCGAGAGGUGGGGUCUACGACGCUGAGAAGGACACGUGGGAAGAAAUGACGGUGGGAAUGAGGGAAGGAUGGACGGGUGUGAGUGUGGUACUGGGAGAUAGGCUAUUUGUGAUAUCGGAGCAUGGUAACUGUAGGGUGAAGAUGUACGUCCCAGAUAGUGACACGUGGAGGUUUGUUGAGGGAGGGAGGUUUCCGUGUGAAGCGAUGCAGAGACCUUUUGCGGUGAGUGGUGCGGACGGAAGGAUAUAUGUGGUGUCGUGUGGGUUGGAUGUGGCUGUGGGUAGGGUGUUGGAAGAGGGGGAGAGGGUUUGGGUGGAGUGGGAUGAGGUGAGGGCUCCAAAGGCGUUCCAUGACUUUGUGCCCUUAAGCGCUCAGAUUAUUUAUGCUUGAGCUUGGCAGCUUCUUUUUUACAUAUUUGGGUUUUUUUUUUUUUUUUUGAUGUUUUCUCAUUUGAGUUUUGAGGGUGUAAUUGGCCAAACCCCUCUGCCCUCUUCUGUAGACUCCAGAGGAAGAUUAAUGUGUUUGGUGGGUGGAUGUGUGAUAAAGAGAUUUCAAUUUAUGGGUCAGGCUAAUUUAAUGUGUGCUUUUUGGGUAGGUGUUGCAAAAAAGUCGGAUUAGAUCUGUUUUGAAUCCGAAUUCCAUCUGAUAAGAGCUAGAUUUGGAUACCUCCCUUCAUCUUAAUAAAUGGGAUUGGAAAAAUUGAUCUGAA